CUUCUCGGCUUCCGUCGAUACAGCGUAAAGCGUUUGACGUCAACACCCCAACAUUCCGUCAUGACAGCUCGUUCGGGGAAAAAAAUAAUUCGUUUCAAUUUUAUAUCAAACUGAAUCAAAUCUGUUUAAUCUGAAUGUAAAAUUUCCGAUUAAAGUGUGUGAGACCCUGGACGGACGGGACCUUCUGAAACCUGUUAUCUAGCCAGCCGAAGAGACGGGGAACAGGAUAGGGAAACAGGGCGAAGCGGGCCCCGCGGAGCCGGUGGAGAAGAUGGCCGGCAGCCCGGAGAAGAGUUCCACCGCGCAGGAGUUAAAGGAGCAGGGGAACCGGCUCUUCCUCUGCCGCAAGUACCAGGAUGCUGCUUCCUGCUAUAGUAAAGCUAUUAACCGUAACCCAUCAGUGGCGGUAUACUACACCAACAGGGCCCUCUGCCACGUGAAGCUGCAGCAGUAUGACAAGGCUCUGGCAGACUGUAAGCAUGCUCUGGAGCUGGAUAGUCAGUCCGUUAAAGCUCACUUCUUCCUGGGUCAGUGUCACCUGGAGCUGGAGAACUACGAUGAGGCAAUCGGCAAUUUGCAAAAAGCUUAUAACUUGGCAAAAGAGCAGAGGCUGAAUUUUGGAGAUGACAUUCCCAGUGCUUUACGCAUCGCCAAGAAAAAACGCUGGAACAGCAUUGAGGAGAAGCGCAUCAACCAGGAGAACGAGUUACAUGCUUAUCUGACUAAGCUCAUACUGGCUGAGAAGGAAAGAGAGUUGGAUGACUACAAAGAAAAACACGAUGACAAUCAGAACGGAAGCGAUGCUGCCAAGAUUGCAUCAAAACAUGACAAGUAUUUAAUGGAUAUGGAAGAGCUCUUCUCCCAAGUUGAUGAAAAAAGAAAAAAGCGUGAAAUCCCAGAUUAUCUUUGUGGAAAGAUCAGCUUUGAGCUGAUGAGGGAGCCCUGCAUCACACCAAGUGGAAUCACAUAUGAUCGCAAAGACAUCGAAGAGCACUUACAGCGAGUUGGACACUUUGACCCGGUCACCCGGAGCCCCCUGACCCAGGAUCAGCUGAUCCCCAACCUGGCUAUGAAGGAAGUGAUCGAUGCCUUUAUCCAGGAGAACGGUUGGGUGGAGGACUACUGAAAACAAAACAAAAAAACACCUCCCAUUUCUCCCUCAUGCCCUCCCCGCCUCGUACUCAACACAAAGCCUGAACUACUGACGGCUUCUGGAAACAGAUCACCCCUUGCCUGGAUAUGCAUCGUACACGAGCAGGAAAAGCCGCACUCUGGACUGCCUGAUGGGAGCCAUGUAUCUCGGUUUGCCUCCUCCCUGCAUUCAGUCUUUGCUGUAAAACUUCUCGCUGCAACUCUCCACGGCUCAGUGUUCAUAUGCUGCUCCCUUUAAGAGCCUUUCUUUCUCUGUCUUGUUUUUCAUUCUUUCCUGUUCGACUCUUCUGUAAUCAAACGUCUUCAGGCCUCUGUUGCACACUUCCUGCUCUUCUUUCCUUCUGUUUCUGAGUGCCACAGUUAUCGACAAGUUUCAAGUGUUACACGUAGAACACUAAUAUUAAAGAAAAAAGCAUAAAAAUGAUCAUUUUUAGCUUUUGAUUUGGCCUUUUUUUCACUAAACAAUGUUUGUAUACGAGUUUUACAUCGAAAGCACAGGUUCAUCACAGUUUUACUGCAAGAUUUCUCAUGAACUCGACACAAUUUUCUUUCCUUUUCAUAUCAGACACCCCCAUAGCAGACAAUUCAAAUCAGCUGAAUGUAUAAAUGAUGUAUUCCAUAGAAUCUUUUUUUUAAAAAUAAUUCAAGGUGUUUUUGUAUUUGAUUCAUUUGAGGUCAUCAUUUAAAGCCUUGAACAGGAAGCGUGAUAAUGAAAUGCUGCAUAUAAAGAACGUUUUCAUGUUGCUGGGUUUACAUUCAAAUCUUUCAACCAGAUCAGACUCUGUCCCCCCCGCCAAAUCAAAGAAAUGCUGGAAGACUUCCGACCAUCUUUCAUCCAUACCUCAGUCCAAGUGUUUGUGUGCUGGAGCUCCAGCAUUUUCGGUUCCGUGCUUGUAGUCGGCCGGUUUUCCAGCUGAAGGUGUCUGUGGUUAAACGGGCUUGUUGGUUGUCGUUUGUUUUGGGGUGCAGACAUUGUACAUAAUUUUGCUGGUCUUACUCAAAACGUUAUUUCUUGAUGAUAUAGUUUCUUUUUUUCUGGAGAAAUCCUAAAGCUUGAGAAAUUGUAUUAAAUGUAGAUAUGUUGAUAACAGAAAUUCCGAUUCCAUUCAUUUGUCCCCGUUUAAGCAUAAAUUUGGGAGUAUGUAUGUUGUGAUGCUAGUGGAUCAUUAAAGGAGAUACAAAGAGUGAAUGGAACUCUACUGCUUAUUAGACAUUUAAUAAUAAAAGUUAUUGCAAAACU